UGGGUACAUCCCUCCAAAUCAUUGGAUUCAGGUGUUCCAAUCACCUCCAUGGCCACAGAUGUAUAAAAUCACACACCUAGGCAUGCUGACUGCUUCUACAAACAUUUGUGAAAGAAUGGGUCGCUCUCAGGAGCUCAGUGAAUUCAAGCGUGGUACUGUGGUAGGUUGCCACCUGUGCAGUAAGUCCAUCCGUGACAUUUCCUUUGCUAUUAAACAUUCAAAGGUCAACUGAUAUUGGUAUUAUAGCAAAGUGGAAGCAACUUGGAACAACAGCAACUCAGCCACAAAGUGGUAGGCCAUGUUAAAAUAACAGAGCAGGGUCAGCGUGCGCCAAAAGUCACCAACUGUCUGCAAAAGUCAAUAACU